GCUAGAUCUCGGGGUGUUUUGCAUUUCCUAGUCUUAGACGCUUGAAAAGCGCGAUUAGAGCUCCUCAAUAUAAAUAACGCCUUCGAAUUAGCGUUGGGGCAGCCGCCGCAGCGUCGACAGAUAUAAGCCCGUCCAGCCAUCCCUAAUACAGCAUUAUAAAUUUCUUUUUUCCUUUUUUUUUUUUGUUUUUCAUGAAAACUUAUUUCGCAACAUUCAAAAUUUCAAUUGCAAGACCCAAGCAAAAUACAAAAUCCCGCUAAAACGAAAAAUCGUUUCUUUUUUCCCGUAUAUAAUUUAUUUUUUAUUAAUAAUUUGUUUUUGGCUUGAGCUCCAAUGGCGGCCGCGUCGCCCUCUCCGGCCCUAAGCAGCAACAGUACCGAUACCCCACACAGCGCCGGUGCCGCCGCCGCCGCUUUUAACUUCAGUUCUCCGUCGCCGUCCGCCAAUCCGGGGAAGAGCCAACGAGGUCUUAACAAACCGAAGUGCAUCAAGUGUGGGAACGUCGCUCGCUCCCGUUGUCCCUUUCACUCGUGCAAGAGUUGCUGCUCAAAAGCUCAAAAUCCUUGUGAAAUUCAUGUUCUUAGAGGUAAUGCAAAUGUUGCGGACAAGACAGCUUCUUCUAAUUCGGCCAAAGUUGAGCAGCAACCGACUGAUGCAUCUCACUCGGGGAAUAGGAAUUUCCUACGUCAACUUUCUACUACUUUUUCACAAUUCAACAACUUAGCAUCUCCUGUGAAGACCAGGAAGCCUUUAACCCGAAAGGAUGCGCAACUCAUAAACGAGUGGAGAUUUCUGAAAUUGAAGGAGUUCAGGGAUAGAAAUAUUGAAGCAGAAAAUGAAGCUUUUGACCGCUAUAUGAAUAAUGUUGGGUUACUAGAGCAGGUUUUUUGUGUGGAUUCAGCUCUAGAUGGGCAGACUGAGGAAGGAUCCUCUACCAUGGAUUGUGAUCGUGCGUUGGAUGAUUGUAACGAGAUGUUGGUUGCAGGGUUGAAGCAAAAGCUCAGAUCCAAUCCCGUCAGAGUUGAGAACUUGAGGAAGAGGAUACAGUUUAUUGUUGAUCAAGGACUAAAGGAUCUUAGCAAACUUGAACAAAUUGAUGGCAAUGGUGCUUCAACUGAGCCUGAGGAAAUGGGGAAGAAACCAAAAAAGUUGAAAUCUGAGCUGCCUGAAAGGGCUUCAGCCCUGAGUGACCUUAUUGACAAAUUAAACAAAGCCCGGAAUCAAGAAGAACUGAAGGCUUGCUAUUUGAUGAAGUCCCAGCUUGGAGCGAGCCCAAUGGAUUGUGAUGCAACUGAGAAAUCCAGCCCGAAUGCCGAAAAUGAUCUAUUGCCGCAAAAUAGACCCUGCACCAGUUAUUUUCCUCGCAAAUGGUUUAACAAAGUCACUAUCGACCAGGAAUCACUUUCUGAAAUUAAUACUCUGUUUUGCUCUCUCGAGGAGAUUGAGGAUUUAUGAGCAAUACAAGAACAGCCGAAAGAUAGUUUAGGAUGAUAAUGUUUUGUUUUGGUUUGAAUAUAUAUUUUGUAGGCUUGUUAUGGCGCCAUUUCUUUAGAAUCCUAACCCUUUAGGUUUGUUAUGAAAAGGUGCUUAAUAUGAUAGUAAUGCAAAAUGGCGAUUUCAAUCUGUAAUCUGAGUUUUCUCGAACAUGUUACCAGCAUAAUUGAUAGGUUGGCAUUGUAACGAAUUAGUAUUUAGAGAAUGAGGUAAGUGGAGUUUGUAACCUUCGAAAUCCCGAUCUUUGAGAUGGGUGCAUAAGACACGAAAGUGUUACGGUCCAAUCACAUACUUCUUCCGUCCCAUAAUUAUUAUUCAGUUUUAAUUUUCAUUUUUAGUUCAAAUUGUACUAAAAGUGAAAUUUCAAAGUGGAC